GAGGCGCGACAAGCAGCUUUCCCACCAUUGUUUUCUCUCUCUCUCUUCAAUAUUGAUCGCAAUCCACUUCACCUGCAUCCCAAAACUACCUAGGAAUCAAUAAUUUUCCUUUCAAGUGCAGAGAACACACCUCUUGACUCCUUUGGAUAUCCAGAACAACACUUGGAUAACAUUUCUAAUCUUCACAAUGGGCGACGCAGACGAAAGUGCCAAGUUAUGGAAAGUCAACAGGACAAUACAUGAGCUGGUGAAAGAUCGAGGCUUCCAAGUCUCUGAUGAGGAAAUCAACGUUGACCUUCAAAGUUUUCGAGAGGUAUAUGCGAACAGUAUGGGCGUUAUCGAUCGCUCUCAACUUAAUUUCUUUUCUGUUUCCCGGACGGACCCGACAGAUCAAGUAUUCGUUUUCUUCAGCGAUGAGAAGAGCGUAGGUGUGAAGACGAUGCGAAAAAUGCUAGAAAUCUUGGAACAAAAAUCCAUACAACGUGGAAUCAUAGUGUUUCCGGGGAAUAUGACACCCUCAGCGAGGAAGGUAAUAGUUGCGAUGUCAGCACAAUACCGACUAGAAGAAUUUUCCGAGUCCGACUUGUUGGUCAACAUAACUCACCAUACGUUGGUACCCAAACAUGAAGUCUUGUCUCCAGAGGAAAAGAAUAUUCUGUUAGAGAGAUAUCGAUUGAAAGACACGCAACUCCCUCGCAUACAAAUCGCCGACCCUGUAGCACGGUAUUACGGUUUACGACGAGGUCAGGUCGUGAAGAUAACAAGACCGAGCGAGACGAGCGGUAGGUAUGCUAGCUACCGGAUUUGUUUCUGAUUAGAAUGUGGAACGUGACUCUAUUUAGUAGCAAGAGAGAGCAAUACACAUGAACUUCAG